AUGAGUUGUCCAAUAAAUUCAGAGGCUAUUGACAAAUUGAAACAAUUCAUCCAAGUAUGUAAAUCAAAUCCUGACAUCCUUCACCUACCAGAUUUGAAAUUCUUCAAAGAUUAUAUUCAAUCUUUGGGUGGCUAUAUUCCCGAGUUGCCCAAGAUGUCUGGUCCGAAAGCAGAACCCAAACAAGAACCUGAAGAAUCAUUCGAAGACAAUAUUGAAUCAGAUCCCGAGUCAGAUCUAGAGUUGGACAUGACGGGCUGUGUGGAACCAGAUAAGUUAGAUGACAAUCAGAAAAUGGGCGAUGCUUCCAAGGAAAUCACUGAGGAAGAGUCUGAUAAAGCCGAUGAGAAACGUAUUGAAGCCAUGUCUCAGCUAUCAGAGGGAAACAUCCAAAAUGCCAUUGAAUUGUUCACUGAAGCUAUUGAGUUGAACCCAAACAGUGCUCUUUUGUUUGCCAAGAGAGGUCAAGCAUACCUGAAGCUCAACAAGCCAAAUGCAUGUAUCAGAGACUGCACAAGAGCUUUGGAAUUGAAUUGUGAUUCAGCAACUGCUUACAAAUUCAGAGGUAGAGCUUACAGACUGCUGGGUGAAUGGGAACUAGCAGCUAAGGAUCUCAGGCAAGCUUGUACCAUUGAUUUUGAUGAGCAAAUUGAUGAAUGGUUGAAGGAAGUCACACCAAAUGCAAAGAAAAUUGAAGAACAUUCAUUAAAGAAAGAACGCAAGAAGAAGGAGAAAGAGGAAACUGAAAGAUUUGAAAGGGUUAGGAGGGCAAGAGAGGCCCAUGCUGAGGCAGCAGCAAAGCACAAAGAUGAGGAGAUGCCUUCUGCUACUGAAUCAGGAGCUGGUGGUGUUCCUGGAAUGGGGGAUUUCUACAAAUUGUUGCAAGAUCCUGAGAUAAUGACUGCUUUUCAGGAUCCUGAGGUAGCAGCUGCAUUCCAAGACAUUUCAACAAACCCAGCCAACUUUGUGAAAUAUCAGUCCAAUCCAAAGGUGAUGGCAUUGGUGUCUAAAUUGUCCAGUAAAUUUUCCGGUUCAGGAAUGGGCUUUCCAGGGUUUGGGGAAGCAGGCGCUGGAGCAGGCUUCCCAGGAUUCCCAGGUUUCCCAGGUUUUCCUGGAGCAGGAAUGGGUGGGGCUGCCCCACCACCGCCCAAACCAUCAGAAGAUGAUAAUUUGGAUUAG